GCGGCUCGGCAGCAGCUGCGCGUGUUGGCCGCCGUGCUUGUUCCUCUUCUUCCUUACAUGGCCAAGUCUCCCGAGAGGAUGACGGCCGCUGCCAAGGAGGACGGCGGCUCCUGUCAGGCCACAGCCGCGCUCGAAGCCGCGGCCGGCUUCGGCAGCGCCGGCCACCGCGGCAGCAUGCCCCGCGAACUGGGAGGCUCGGCCUUCCGGGUGGUCACCCCCAAGCACAGCUUCACCGGAGGCCUGCCGACCCUGUCGGGCCUUCCCCGUCCGGGCAACUGGCUCCUGGACCCACUGUUGCCCCCGCUGUGGCCGAUCGGUCUGCGGGCAGACCAGCCGCCUCCGCUGUGGCCCUUCCUGCACCUCUACCCGCCUUCGGAUGGCCACCUGCUUUCUCCCGGCGGCGGCAAGGCUGGGGUGGCAGUUACUGACUCGUCCAAGCUGUUCAGCGCUGCGGCGGCGGCACAGGGUCUGUCGGCGCUUCACUUGAGGCCUUUCGCCCUGAGCUCGCUCACAUGCGACCUGCGGCUAGGCGCCGUCAAGCCGUGGCUGUUCGCCGACGCGGUCGCGCCACCUCCAGCCGCCCCGCCGCCCCCUCCUCAUGGUCUGCCGCCGGCCUCCACCACCACCUCGAGUCCCGCACAGGGUCCUCUGGGACUCGGCAGCGCGGCAUCCUCGCCGCCGACGCCACCGUCCCAGGCGGCCAAGACUCCCAGCCGCCAAGCCCUCAGUCCUUCUUCCGGCGAGCCCGGUGGAGGACUCAUAACCUCCAUGUCACCGUGCAGCCGACUCGAUCUGGGCCCUCGGCUGAGCCCGCAGUCCCUGUCGGCGGCCGGCCUGCUGUCGGCGGCGCACCACCACCACCACCUGCACCACUUGCACCACCUGCACCAGCACCCGCUGUCUGACGUGUACUCCUGCCUCAAGUGCGACAAGAUGUUCUCCACGGCCCACGGACUCGAGGUGCACGCGCGGCGCUCGCACAGCGGAAAGCGGCCCUUCGCCUGCGAGCUCUGCAACAAGACGUUCGGCCACGAGGUCAGCCUCAGCCAGCACCGCGCCGUGCACACGUCCGAGCGUACUUUCGAGUGCAAGCAGUGCGGCAAGACGUUCAAGCGCUCCUCGACGCUGUCGACGCACCUGCUCAUCCACUCGGACACGCGGCCCUACCCGUGCGAGUACUGCGGCAAGCGCUUCCAUCAGAAGUCGGACAUGAAGAAGCACACGUACAUACACACCGGUGAAAAGCCGCACAAGUGCGCCGUGUGCGGCAAGGCGUUCAGCCAGUCCUCGAACCUGAUCACCCACAGCCGCAAGCACACGGGCUUCAAGCCGUUCGCUUGCGAUGUGUGCGGCCGGGCCUUCCAGAGGAAAGUGGACCUGCGCAGGCACAAGGAGACACAGCACGCCGACAUCCGGCCCAUCUAACACGCCGGAAUCUCGACCGCGCAUCGCCGCCGCUGCUGCUGCUGCUGCUGUUGCUGCAGCCACCACCAGGACGUGCUGCCUGUGUACCGCGCGGAUCAGCGCGGGCAGCAAUGUAACGGUUGCAGAUUGGGACAGCUUAGAACCGGAAUUUGGCACCAAUCGCUGGCAGAGACAACAGCGUUCACAAGAAGCGAGCGUCCUUGGUACCCACGGGCGGCGCAGAAGACCCCUCGAAUUGCGAGUGCAUCACGACGCGAAGAAAAUAGGGGAUGCCAUUGUAACGUGUCGUUGUGCACCACACAUGUCCGUCUUUCUUGUGUGCGUUCUUGCGCGUACGCGGUGCGGAUUUGCUUCUCUUACCCCCAAUGUUGCGCAGUGCUGCUUGUGGUUGAAAGAUGAAACGAUCUGGUGUACAGAAAUGGUGAAUCGUGCUUGACAUAGUGAGCGUGAGCUGUACUCAAUGGACGGCGUUGUUUGAAGUGAUCGGCAAGGGUAACAAUUGAGUGCGAAGCUGCAACCAUUAAUGAUUUGAUACAGUCUUGUCGAUUUAGCGGCGCACAUUGUAAUACCGGUCACAAAUUUCACGUUUAUCGAUAUGCUGUCUAAGUUAUGGCCUGGUUUUCGCCACACAUGCACAGCUGCCUUUACGUCUCUUCAAUGCAGCGCAGCAGAGGUCACGGAGUGGGUUACUUUUUUUUGCGUUCGUGACACGCCCCAUCGCAAGGUUUCGGAUUCUUGAAAACGCGCGAUCGUAACGCGUGUCAGCGAAGCACAGUGACUAUUUUUUUUUGUCGAUGUAAGGCACUGCCUUCCACUUUUUCGAGUCAAACUGGAGUGUUGCGUGAAUGAACGUUCUAGAAUAUAGGGAUUAGACAUAUGAGCCCCAUAUCAGAAAGAUAGCCGGGCAUGUACACCACGCGCCGUGCCAUCUGUGGCACAUAUUAAAUGUAUUGGAUGGCCUAAUAUAACGCUCCAUAUGCAGACCUGCAUAUUACGGACCUGUCAACAUACUCCUUUGUGAGCAUAGAUUGCGCGCACAGUACCACAAUUCUCAUAAUUCAAAAGUUCUCGCCCCGUGACACAUUGUCACUGUGAGCAUGCUGACCGUGUCUAUGUGGUGACCGGUAUGAAACUAUGACUUACAGUUCUUCGUAGAAGCGUAGGAAGCGUUUCAAAGCACGUGAAGGUCGCUUAAAAAGACGCUAACUUAAACACGUUGGUGUAUUACACUUUAUGAGCACCGAACCGGUAAGUCUUAUGGCGUUCGGCAGCUUGCUAUAUAAGCAAAAAGCACGGAAAAGCUAAAAACUGCGGUCGGCACCCCCUCGGAAUUACCGCACUGGUUCCCAGUGAUGUGAUAGAUUUUGAAAUUGCAUACACGCUGCCAAAUAGCUGUUUACGAAGAAAGUAUAAAAAUGUUGCGUCAGAAACCAAGCUAAUGAUCAACCUCACAAAUUACGGGAAAUAUAAUUGUACAAAAGGCACGAGAAAAUCCUGAAAUCCGCAACAUCAUAAUGAUGUCAGUGAAGUCUAGGCAAACGUGCGAAAUUCAAAAAUUGAAUAUGUACUUUAAUUUUCGUGAUUAAAAUCAGCGUUUGUCAAAAAUAAUAUUAAAUUGAGCUGCUAAACAAUAAUGAUCCCAUCUAAACUGAUUUGAUGUUUCUUUUUAGUGCCCCUUUAAACGGCCCGUAAGUGCCCUUCGCCUCGCCCUUUAUUCGACCACAUUACGCCUGGGAAAUGAUCAAAAUACUCAUGAUGUAAUCAAGCUGGAAUCAUUAGCGUCAGUUUUCAAGAGAACCUAAGUGUCCCCUUUUCAAUGGUAAAUAAAUUGAGAAGGUAACAUCUGUAAUAAUUACAACCCGAAUGCAUGGCAAUGGUGGAGACCUCUAAAUUUCUGAUGCUGCGUGGUGAGGAACAUUUUGGCACUGAGAAUGCCAAACCAUAUUAAAUAACCCUUGACAUUAUUGCAACUUGCACCAGAGCGUUUUAAAAAGUUAUAAUGUAUGAAGUUUCCCUUCUUCGUAAAAUUUUUCUGCUUUGUUAAGACGUGAGUAAAUUAGCAUUUUCGCUUUGCCUGAGAACGUGCGAUGUGCGUAUCAUGAAGGUAAUAGUUACAGUUAUCUCGUAUCUCGUCCAGCGAUGCACCAACAUAAGUUACGUUAUGGGUUAUUCUAGUCAUACAAAGUCAGCUUGUCGCCAACAAUCGCUUCACUUCUCCGCAUCGCCUUGACCAAAGCCUUGCGAUUCACUUCGGCAAAUGCCAUAUCUUUAGAUAAAUCAAGAAGAAAGUUAAGAGUACCUCAACAUGUCUUACAAUUGGCAAUACUGCAUCCUUGAGGAAACUGCUUGUAUGAAAGGCGUGUUUUCUCAUGUAAUAAUAAGAGUGGAAUUUUAGCAGGCUGUGUCCAGCGUGUGGGAUAGCUUACAUGUAGGUAGCCGUUCUUCAACGUGCAUCCGCCCUGUAUAUAAAACACAUAAAUAAGGCUUCUUUGUGGACACUGGAGAAGUCUGCGGGGUCAUAAGGCGUGGCUUGAUAGCUUAUAUAAUAUAAUAAUAUGGCAUAUUGAAAUUACAUAUAUGGGGAUACGGCAGGACACAGGUGUUCAGCGUACACAAGCCCGAAAAGUGGAACAAGUCCGAGGAGUGCCAGGCAGUGUCUUAUGCUCAAAACGAAAAUCGUUUCAAAUCUGAAAUGACCGGGACUCUAAAUAAUCUCAUAAAGGGCUUCUUAAUCUUCCCUGAAACGACCUAGAUAUUAUUUCGAAAGCUGUGAUGGUUAGUGUUUAUUAAGAAGCUAUUGUGAAAUUUACGAUACACAGUAUUGCUCCUAAACACUGUUGUACUUAAUUUACAAGCCCUUGUGGUUAAAAAUCCCGAAAGCUCAAAUAUAGACUUUUUCGUGCCACAUUUUUUUUCAUUCUGUACAUCAAUACGAAGUUAACCGUGUGCACGCAGUUAAAAGUGCAAUAUCGUUGUAACCACGGAGCAAUACUUAGCAUCACAAUUCAAAUAACACUUAAGUGAAAAAAAUGCAGAUCAUCCUCGAAAAAAAAGGAAGAAGAAGAGAAAAGCGAGUGGACAAUAAUUUGCAUCCUCAGCAGAGUAAACAUAAGUACAAGAACUUUAAUUAGGUGCUCUUACAAUUUUUACUUCUCUUUUUUUAGGGGUUAUAUUAAAGGCAGUCAAGAUUUUUCAGUUAGUUUAGAUCUAAAACUGGGCUUUUAAUUAAUGCGACUGCAUGAAUACACGUUGUAAAACAUUCAGAUGAAAUCGAGCAGACGCGACGCUGAAAUUAAAGAUAUAUCUAUCCCGGUUGAUUCGAAGCUACAGUUUAUCGCAUGUUGUUGCAGCAAAUAAAUUUCACCCAAGCUGUUGCAGCAAAACUUACGGCAAUUAAUUUUUUCCCACAGCGUGAUGCAGAAACUGGGCUUGGAUAGUCUUGAAUAAACCAGCCCUUAGAUAAUUGCGUCGCUCGAGAACCACCCUCGUGUUCAAUGCCCGAGUUUUGACGUGCAAUUAGUUGUUACUCAAACUGUUUCAAAAGUCAACUGCACACAUUUUGAUCUUUAGAAAUUGAGAUCAGAGGAACGAUGAUACGCUCAAAUCUGGGGCUUUCUGCGGUAGCGUAUUUUGGCCUCCAUAACAGACUGAAAGUUGGCUUUCUCCUAGUGUCGUUAACGCGAUCCUAAUUUAGCAGUAAUUAUAAACGUUGCGCCUACUUUGGGAUAUAUUCGAACCGAAAACUUUCGGAGAUGAACUUCAAAGCUCGCAUGUAUUAACAGAAGCAUUGAACGGGGCCAUUAUUUAAAAAGAAAAUAUCUUCUUACGCGUUAAUUGUCCGUAAGAGCGGUUGCCGGCCAGUAGUGACCGUUUAACCAAAUAUUAGCGAAGGUGGCCGGCCAAUGAGAAGCAGCUCUUACGAACGAAAUGUUUUUGAAUUCGGCCUCAGAAUCACGGCAAAGCGGGUUAGUUUGGUGCGAUGCAAGAAUAGAAGAGCGCCGAACACAGAACAAUGCCGAAGGAGGUGUGACGAGCGCUGAUUUGCAGUCAAUGUAUCUUAAUUUCUGGCCAAGCUGACAGUAGACUCCUUGCACAGCGUGUGCGCGUCGGCAUAGAUCGGCGUCCACUUGUGCAGUUUGGCAAGCGCAUAUCAUUGUAGCGGAUGAAAUUGCAUGUUUAAUAAAAAAUAUUUCUCAAAUUGAGCGCUCGUUUCAUCCCCUUCGCUAAGGUCAUAUUAAGCGUUAAAUCGUAUUUUGCAGACCCGUACUAUGUGUGACAUUGUACGCGACAAGCUGGUUCACGAACUGACGACACGUUCCAAAGCAAUGCUUUAUGCCGGAACCUGCACGCUUUGUUUAACUGACGCAGGCAGUUAUUAGCAAGGUGUAACUGGUUUCAGUCAACAGGCAAUGCGUCGCCUGAUUUCGAGCCGCGGAGCUGCUGGCGAGCUAAGACGGCGAGCUGCGCUUGCGCCACGUAUCCAGCAGCGUCGCUACAUGCAUGCCAGUGAGCCUCGCGUCCUUGUAAAUAGCCUCUCCCAUGAACGGGUUGCGUGUUUUCACGUGUACAGCAUACGCCAACGUAGUUUGAAAACUUGCUGCUGUUUGUCAUUGCUGUCUAGUCUUGCUUUAGUACACGAACACGAAUCGAAAAAAAAAAGUGAAAAUGGCGCAGCACUUAUAAGCAACACCAAAGAUUGUGAAAGUCAGCGACUACGCCUGUGUGUCUACUGUAAAGACGCGUUGUUUUUGUUUUUGUUUUAUUUUCAUGGCGACCAUGUUACUGAAUAAAUUUCCUUUGUGUUU